AUGCUGAGCGGUGAUUGGGCCGCUCAGGGAGGGGGCGGGACCGGAAGGUGGUCUCCCCGGGUCGCGGGUCCUCUGGGCAUCCUCUGGGGAAUGUUGAGAGGUGGCAGCAUGACGGCGGAGCUGGGAGUCGGGUUCGCGCUGCGGGCCGUGAACGAGCGAGUCCAGCAGAGUGUGGCGCGGCGGCCGCGGGAUCUCCCAGCCAUCCAACCCCGGCUCGUAGCAGUCAGCAAAACAAAACCUGCAGACAUGGUGAUUGAGGCCUACAGCCACGGCCAGCGCACUUUUGGAGAGAACUAUGUUCAGGAACUACUAGAAAAAGCAUCAAACCCUAAGGUUCUGUCUUCCUGUCCUGAGAUCAAAUGGCACUUCAUCGGUCAUUUACAGAAACAAAACGUCAACAAACUGAUGGCCGUCCCCAACCUCUCAAUGCUGGAAACCAUAGACUCCGUGAAGCUGGCAGACAAGGUGAACAGCUCCUGGCAGAAGAAAGGCUCUACUGAACGACUGAAGGUCAUGGUCCAGAUUAACACCAGUGGAGAGGACAGUAAACACGGCCUGCUGCCUUCGGAGACCAUAGCCGUCGUGGAACAUGUAAAGGCCAGUUGUCCCAGCCUGGAGUUCGUAGGUCUCAUGACCAUAGGAAGCUUUGGGCAUGAUCUAAGUCAAGGACCAAACCCAGACUUCCAGAGAUUGCUGUCCCUGCGGCGAGAGCUUUGUGAGAAGCUGGGCAUUCCUGUGGAGCAGGUGGAGCUUAGCAUGGGCAUGUCUAUGGACUUCCAGCAUGCUAUUGAAGUAGGAUCUACAAAUGUCCGGAUAGGAAGCACUAUUUUUGGAGAGCGGGAUUACUCAAAGAAGCCUGCCCUAGACAAGACCACUACAGACCUGAAGGCCUCAGUGCCACUGGUGCAAGGACAGUGAGGCCAGGACAGCUCCGAGGAUCAACCAUGCACCAGCCUAGUUCAUUUUGGUGUCCGCAUGUCCCCAGUCACACUCUUCCGUGGCCUCUGUAGAGUGCCGAGGAUGUAGAGUGCCGAGGAUUACAUGGUUGAUGGAAACCACCUGUGCUUAGCUCCGGCUAUAGGACGCUCCCUUCAAGCAGUGGCCUCGGCUUGGAUUUGAAGAGUUGCAAGACUUCAGAACUGACACCAGCUUAGGAGCUGGGACCUGAGUUUGGAACGCUGCCCAGAAAUACCCAACCCGCCACGAAUGCCUGUCCCCGGGUGUCUUUUGGGUUGCUGGUGUCUAUAAUCAAGAAAAUCAGAGGGAUUCCCAUUUUCCAUCUCACUCUAAUAGAACACCCUGCUGUUCCUACAAGUCACCAUUACUCUGCAAUGAGGUGAUUUCUGCUCCCAGUUUCCAUCCUGGGCAGUAGAUGUCUCCAGUCACAGCUCCUCUGCGGCACUAACCUGAAAUUCCAGGGUAACUUGUAAAUAGCUCUUGGGCCUUUUUGAAAAAGAGGGACUUGGAGCUUACUCCUCAAGGACCACAGUGAUGGGAAGUGGAUGACAGGAUUUCUUCACCAUCAUAAUCCUGUCCUAGUUUUUAGCAAGGACUACCCCCACGUGGAGAGGAAGGCCUCUAGUUCAGGUGCAUGGCUUCAGCAAGGCCUCAUUUGUUUUCCUCUUCUGGGGAUGUAUCUCUCAGGCAAACUUAGAGCUAUCCCCAGGACACACACUGUAAGCCAGAAUGCUGCAGCUCCUGUAUGUUCACAGUGCCGUAAGAGCUCCAAAAAGGAAGAAACAGGUGGGCAUAGCAGCACCUAGUCAUAACUCCGGUGUUUGUGGGAUGCAGCCAGGAAGAUAGGAGUUCAAGCAUAGACAAAGACUAAAUGAGACUCUUCUUUAUCUAAAAAUAAUAAUAAACCAGAAAGCACAAUUCUGCAGUAAUCGCACCAGAACGUGUGGGCUGCUUAUUUCCUGACAGCUUUGCCUCUUGUUUACUCCAGCCCUCAUCCUUCAUUUAACAGAUAACUUCAGAGCCUGCUGCCGCUGAAUGUAGUUUCCAAACUUAAACCACCAUGAUUCUUGUUCUGUCUCAGUCAAAGCUAGUGCGGUGUUUCAGUUUGUUAAAUACAAAUGUGAGCUUGAAUUAUACCAUCUGUGCCAACUAUAAAGCCAUUAAAGAUUUAUUUUUAUGA